AUGCCUGAACCAGAAUGGAAGAACUUGAUGAAAUGUGGACUUGGGAUGUAUGAGAAAGGUUCUCUGCUGCUGUGUAGCUCCUGCUCGGUGAAUUAUUAUGAUUACAGCGAGCUGUCCACGAGCUGCGACUGCUGCAGCCAAUCAGCAGGGAUAUUUGGUCAGCGUCUGGAGGACACAGUGCAGUAUGAGAGGAAGUUUGGCCCUCGCCUGGCCCCAUUACUGGUGGAGCAGUGCGUGGACUUUAUUAGGGAGAGGGGUUUGGAUGAGGAGGGUCUCUUUCGGAUGCCGGGACAGGCUAACCUGGUCAAAGAGCUGCAGGAGGCCUUUGACUGCGGUGACAAGCCUCUGUUUGACAGUAAUACUGACGUCCACACGGUGGCAUCCUUGCUAAAGCUGUACCUGCGAGAGCUGCCUGAACCAGUCAUUCCCUUCUCCAAAUAUGAAGACUUUCUGACAUGUGCACAGCUUUUGGCCAAAGACGAAGAGGAAGGGAUCCAGGAGCUGGGAAAGCAAGUUAGCACUCUACCUCUACCUAACUACAAUCUUCUCAAGUACAUAUGCAAAUUCCUUGACGAGGUUCAGUCCCAUAGUAAUGAAAACAAGAUGAGUGUCCAGAACCUCGCCACAGUAUUUGGACCAAAUAUCCUUCGACCCAAAAUGGAGGAUCCAGUCACUAUCAUGGAAGGCACCUCUCUUGUCCAGCACCUGAUGACAGUCCUCAUCAGGGAACACCUACGAUUAUACUCAGGUAGAGACCAGGAGGGUCCCACUGUACCCCAGAUAGAGCCGCCUGUCCAGGGGCAUCAGCUCCAGCAUCGCAGCCUGGGAGCCUGGAUCUCAGAAGAAGACCUCCAGGGCUGCCCGGUCUCCAACCCUGACCAAGAAAUGCACAGCAGUGCCUCAUCGCUGGAUGCCAAACUGUGUGCAGCCGUCACCCCUACCCAGACCCCUAAUCUGAACCCUGGACCAAAACUGGGGUCUUCAUCUGGGAAAGGAGAGAUGGUGGUCAGCCCAAGUAAACAAGCCAAGACCAUUCCUUCCUGGAAAUACUCCUUUAAAAGCUCCUCUGCGCCUCGUUCACAGCCCCAAGCGAAGCAGAGCAGCAGCGGUAGCUCGGUGGCUGAUGUUACUAGUGUGUCUUCAGGUGGUGGAGGAGGUGGGGGGAACUGGCUCAUGAAUGGUUUGUCCUCCUUGAGGGGGCACAGGCGCACGUCCUCCGGUGAGCGGUCAGCUCGUGAUCGAGACUCCACAGGAUCCUCACAGAGACUUUCCACCUAUGAUAAUGUCACCUCUUCCUCUAGUAUGGGGAGCGUUCCAAGUGUAGCCAGCACACCUUGGUCCACUUCUUCCUGUGAGAUCUCCGUCCCUGACUCAGGAAGCGAGCCCUCUGCAAACCAGAACUGUGGAGCUGUGAGUGAGAGUGGGGAAAAGAGUGAGUGGAUGGAGAGCCAGAGGGAGAGUGAUAGAGGACGGGAUGAAGGGAUGACAACACACCCGAGCUCUGAGCAGGACAGUUGUGAGGCCAUGGAGCUGUGCAGUAGCAGCGCAGCCUGCAGUGAGAAUGGAAACUCUGCUAUGGCAGCCGGGGUCUCGUCCAUCAUUAUGUCUGAGGAUGGAGACGGGACAAAUCUGACACUGAGCGGCCUGGUGGAAGGACUGAAGGAGGAGCUGAGGAAACAGAAGACUUCAUAUGAAUCAAGAAUCUUAAAACUGGAGGAGUCGAGUGCUGCUUUGUGUGCGCAGAUGGAGCGUUUGGAACAAGAGAUGGAGCAGGAGAAGAAGAAGCAACGUAUGCUGGAGAUCAAACUACGAAACUCUGAGCGGGCACGAGAGGACGCAGAGAACCGCAACCGGCUUCUAGAGAAAGAGAUGGAGGACUUCUUUGCCACACUGGGAGAUCUCGCACUGGGAGCAAGGACUAGUGACAUUUGAUGCACCAUGACCACUCAUCUAUCCGUGGGCGAGACUGACGGGUUCUGUGUUUGGGGGAUUUGGUGUCUUUAAAGGGCUCGUGUCCUCAUUGCGCCAGGACUUUCCUUCAGAAGAAUAAUUAGAAAUAAAAGAAGGUAUCGGCUGAGUUUGUGUAUAUUCAAGACAAACAGGAAGGAUACAGAAAUGGAGUUGACGCAGGAAAUACUGAAGGAAACUGUAACUGUGUGGUCCUCGUCAGAACAGUUCUUACUGCACGCAUGCUUGAAAUGGAGCGUUAAGAAUGUGCUCUUGUUAUUACGCUCCUUGAUGAGUCCAGGGUUUGUCUUGUGAAGGCAGUAUUUUAUCAGUUCGGGUGCCUGUAUUUGACAACAUAAUGUAAUUUCUCUGACAUUCUCUGUGCUGGAGAGCAACUAUUUCGUAAACCACUAUUUUCCUCACAACAUUACAUGAAUGGAUUUCUUGAUUAAACCAUAGGAAUCAUCAGAGACAGUAAUGUUGAA